UCCCGGGAGGGCUCAGCGGAAAACUAGAGGGGCGGGGCGAGCGGAGCCGAAGCGCCAUUUUUAAACAGCCGAGGCAACCGAUGCCCGCCUGAGGUGGCGGGUAAUUUGGUCUCAAGGGAUGCCCUCAGGAGAGAAAGAGGUCUCUAUGACGGUGGCAGGCUUGUGCUGACAGCCUUAUUAACAUUGUCAUCUCAUUAACAUUCAGUCAGAAUGGACACUUUUCCAAAUAUCCUUUCAUCGGUGGGUGGAAGUGGAGAUCUUAGCUCACAAGCAGAAGUACAAAAACUGUUAAAUGAUGAAAGAAUGCGGUGUGAACACCAUAAAAACAAUUACCAAACUCUUAAAGCAGAACAUACAAGGCUUCAGAAUGAAUAUACAAAAUCACAAAAUGAGCUCAAACAGUUGUUACGUGAAAAGCAAACCGUUCAUGAUAAAUUUCAGUGUCUGCUCAGUGAAUUCCGAGAUGAAUUGUUGGAUAAAUCAAGAGAAGUAGAGGAGUUAAAGAAGCAGGUAAUUACUCCACAGAAGUUGGAGUUGCUUAAAACAGAAAUAAGAGACAGCAUAGAAGCACCUCUGAAAGAGAACCUUCGGAAGCUAGAUAAAGAAGCAGAAAAAUGGAGAACAGAAUAUAACAAACUUCGCUAUGAACAUACUUUUCUUAAAUCAGAGUUUGAGCAUCAGAAAGAAGAGCAUGCCCAUAUUUUAGAAGAGAACAAAUUAAAAUAUGAAUCUGAGAUAACGAGACUUGGCAAAGAUAAAGAAGAAUUGCAUAAUCAGCUGCUUAAUAUUGAUCCUACAAGAGAUGGCAAGCGUGUGGAAGCACUAUUAAGAGAAAAGGCUCAACUAGUUCAGAAAUUAAAGGGUUUUGAAGCAGAAGUAGCAGAACUAAGAGCUCAGAGGGAGAACUCUGGUAUGCAAGCUGAAAAUGUGCAAAGAAUACAGGUGCGACAGUUAACUGAGAUGCAAGCUACAAUGCGAUCCUUGGAGGCAGAAAAACAAUCCCUUAAGCUGCAGCUUGAACGCAUUGAAAAGGAACUGCAGAUGAGCAUUGAGCAAAAUACGCUCUUAAGAAGCAAGCUACAUAAAGCUGAACGAGAGAUCAGUGCCUUGACAACUAAAGUUGAAGAACUUAAGCAUUCACACAAGUUAGAAAUAACAAACAUCAAGCUGGAAGCGGCAAGAGCUAGGACUGAGAUAGAAAGAGAAAGAAACAAGAUUCAAAGUGAAAUAGAUGGUUUACACUCAGAUAAUGAAAUAUGUAAGAAAACACUUGAGCAGCACAAGAUGCUUUUAAUAGAAAAGGAUCGUGAAUUAGUACGCAAAGUACAAGCUGCAGAAGAAGAAGGCUUCCAAAAACUUGCAGCAUUACAGGAGGAAAAGUUAGAACUUGAAGCCAGAUUAUCUGAACUGGAGAAAAUCAAAGUGGAGCAAGAUACUCAGAGGCAGUUGGAAAAGGAUGAGUACAAAGAGAAGUUAUCUGCUCUGCAGGUGGCAGAAGAAUCCAGCAGAAGGGAAAUCAAGGAUCUUAGGCUAAAGAUUCAACAGCAAACUAUUCAUUCUGAGGAUCUUGAAAAAGAGAGAAGUGAAAAUGCUAAUCUAAAGGGGCGCAUCCAAGAUUUGCAACUCCAAGUGGCUUCUCUGUCACAGUCGGAGAAUAACUUGCUAGUUUCCAAUCAGAAACUGAAGGAAAUGAUGGAGAGAUUAAAACAUGAAUGUCAGAAUGCGAGAACUCAAGCAGAAAGGGCUCAGUUAGAUUCAGAGAAAAAUUUGGAAGACAAACAUGUCGAAUGGCUAGAAGAAAAACAUAAACUUAUUCAGCGUAUUACAGAGGUAGAACAGAAGUAUAACCAGAUGAAAGAAAAAUUGCACCGCGCAUCAGUUGCUCAGAAAAAGUAUUUGCCCUAUUUGCAGAGGAAGACACUUAAUGACAAAAAGCAAAAGAAGUUACUGGAGAAGAUAGAGCUGUUGGAAGCCAAGAGAGAAGAACUGGAAACAGAAAACCAGGUGUUAAAUAGGCAGAAUGUUCCUUUUGAAGAACAUAUUCGCCUUCAGAAAAGACUGAAGGAUUUGCAGCGGAGACAUAACGAAUUCCGCAGGUUAAUUCUGUUUCCCAACAUCCCAGUGCUGAAUCAAGUAGGCAUAUUGUCUUCAACUCCGAUACCUGGAGCAGAGGCAUCCUUCCCUUUCUUGCCGGAGGAACAGCAUCAAAAAGAGCUUUCCCUGCUUCGCAAGCGCUUGGAAGAACUAGAAACCACCCAGAGAAAACAGCUGCAAGAGCUUGAGGCCUCUACUGAACGAGCUCGGUCAGUAAUAAGCACGGACUCGAACUCUGAUAGACAUAAGCUUGUUGAAGAGUAUGGUCUACCAGCUGGGGAUGCCAAAUAAACACUUGACUCCAAAGCAUCAUA